AUGUCCGACGCCGAUUCUGAUUUCGUACCUAGCACCGACCCGUGGUGGAAACAGUGGGACCCAAAUAACAUCACAGUCGCCCCAACUGAGGACGAUGACGAUUACGAUGGUCCAAGUGAUUCCUGGAAGUACUGUGUCAUACAAGGUGUCUACUUCGGAGGUAACGAUUAUAACGGUUGGUUAGGUGCCCGUAUCUCUUCCAUCUUUGUCAUUCUAUUCGUCAGUACAGCAUGCACUUUGUUUCCUGUUGUAUCGAAGAGAGUCAAGUGGUUAAAGGUUCACAAAUACGUUUACCAAUUUGCUCGUAAUUUCGGUACUGGUGUUAUUGUGGCUACUGCAUACAUCCAUUUGUUGGAUCCCGCCUAUACGGAAAUCGGUGGUUUGAGUUGUGUUGGAUCGAACGGUAAUUGGAGUACCUACGCGUGGUGCCCUGCUAUUAUUCUAUUUACCGUCAUGUUAACAUUUUUGGUCGAUGUUACAAGUAGUUUCUACGUCGAAAGAAAGUACGGUUACGUUCACAACCAUCGUUCGGAUGAGAUCGAGGAUGCUAUCGUUGGUAAUGCAAAACCAGUGCACGAUGCUGAACAUCACACAGGUGCACACAUGCACGAAUCUGACGAAGGUGACUCUUAUUCCAAGGACAAGCAACAAUUAGGUGACACCAAAUCUCUACAAACUUACACCGAGUCCGAUGUUGAUUCUGUCAAGGCUGAGAUGUCAUUCAAAGGUGAAUUCGCUGCCUUUUUAAUUCUGGAAUUUGGUAUUCUGUUCCACUCUGUGAUGAUCGGUUUGAAUUUAGGUACUACUGGUGAUGAAUUCAAAGUUUUAUACCCUGUUUUGGUCUUCCACCAAUCUUUCGAAGGUUUAGGUAUCGGUGCUAGAUUGUCUAUGAUCGAAUUUCCUCGCAACAAGAGAUGGUGGCCAUAUGUUCUAUGUAUUGCUUACGGUCUGACAACCCCAGUGUGUGUUGCUAUCGGUCUAGGUGUCAGAGAAAAGUAUUCCGGUAAUUCAUACGCCGUCAACGUUGUCUCUGGUGUCCUUGAUGCUAUUUCCGCUGGUGUUUUAAUGUACACUGGUUUGGUCGAACUUCUAGCAAGAGAUUAUAUAUUCAACCCUAACAGAACCAAGAGCAUUAAAGAAAUGCUAUUCAGCUUGUGGUGUAUGUUUUGGGGUGCAGGUUUAAUGGCUCUACUGGGUAAAUGGGCUUAA